AUGGGCAAACAUGAUAUGUUCGAACUCAGUGAUUCAGAUUCUGAUGGAGAGGAGGAAUCAUCACCCGAGGAGAAGCCCAUGGAAAUCAGAGUAAAACUGGACCGAGAGGUUUACUUUGUGGGCCAAGAUAUCAGUGGGGUUGUGGAGAUUGACAACAAGUACAAGCGAAGGAUGCGUGGGAUAAGGUUGACGUUACGGUGUCGUUCUGAGGUAGUGUGGUGGGAAGAGAGAGGUAGUUUGGUGGGAAAGAAAGAAAAAGUAAAGCAGUUCAACGAUGAUAAUUUGAUGUACACAGAAAAGUAUAUUGUCGGUGAAGGUAAGACAAUGUUCUUGCAAGCAGGAGAUAAUAUACAGUUUCCAUUUUCUAUAUCUCUCAAAGGGAAGAAGAAAAGAAAGCUUCCUUCAUCAAUGGAAUUGCCCAAAGGGCACAUCAGAUAUUACCUAAAAGCGGAGGUUGACUGGCCAUGGGCGGUAGUUCAAGACCACGAGCGCCUGGUUUCAGUAGUCGACGCUUGUAACCUCUGUGACGUUCGGGACGCUCUCCAACCUGCUACUUUUACCAAAACCUUUAAAGUAGGACUGUCACGAAAGAAGAUUCAUGUCGCGGGAAGAUUAGAAAAGUUAGGGUACGUCCCCGGGGAGGAGAUAUUGUUGCAUGUUGAGAUAGAUAACAAUUCAAGUAGUAAAAUAUCAAACUCCUGGAUACAACUGGUGGAGAUUGUGAAAUAUCUGUCAUCCGGACAGAAGGUAGAGACAUCAAGGAAUGUCUUGAAUUGGAGUGAGAUGGGGUCCAUUGCGGGAAGACAUGAUUUGGUCAAGGAGAAGGAGCCACUACUUCUCCCUGUGGUCGCUCAAUCAGCUGUCAACAUUGUCGAGUUCAUGAAGGUAAGCCACGAGAUCUCCAUCAUGAUUAAUGUAAAUGGCAUGGAAAAAAGUGUCUCUCAACGCAUCAUAGUGGGCACAAUCCCUACUAAGCAUUGCUAUAACCGAUUCCACAUGGGUAGAACUCCACCAAAGCAACUCUUUUUGUGGCCCUACGAUCACAUGACCAAAAUUCCAUGUCCCAACAUAGCCCACACAGCUCCUAACGAUGAGGUGAACUGGCAACAGAUCAAACAGAUAGACCCCGAUUUUCGGCUUCAGAAUGUUUGUUAUGAAUUUGACCAUGACAAGGCUGUAGAAGCGUUUGAUGAUCCAGAUGCCUCAGAGUCAGAGAGUGACGGAGAUGGGGAAGAUUCGCAGGGCCAUAUGUCUGAUUUUUCUAUAUGA